AUGGUCGGAAAACGGAAGAGAGAGACUGCUGUUGUCUCUCGGUCUACCAAAACCAAGGAGGCAAGCCCACCACCGGCAAACGACGCACAGGACAUUUUCCGCAAAUAUUUCGAGUCGCAAUUCGAACCCAUCGAAGCCGACGUACCUUCUAAGCGCGAUACCGAAGAAACAGGGUCUGAAGAUAAAGACGAUAUUGAGAAUGAUGAGGAUAUCUCGGAGCCUGAUUCUGAUUGGGAUGGGGUCUCUGAGGAGAGCGACGAAGACAACGUGGUGGAAGUGGUUGAACACAGGGAUGCCAGUUUCGACGGCUUGGUGGACAAGAAGGCGCGCAAGGCAUUCAUGAGUGCGAAACCACCGUCUUCCGCGGAGGAGAAGAAGAAGACAACCAAAACAACUAAGAAGGACGACUCGGACGACGACGCCAACGAUGCCCUAAACCUGAAACACGACCUUGAUUUGCAACGACUACUUCGAGAAUCACACCUGCUUGACUCGGCCUCAGAACUUGCGCCGACCGGCAAGAACCGACUGAAGGCUUUGGAUCUACGCAUGCAAGACCUCGGAGCCAAGGAAUCUCUCUACAAACAGAAGAAUAUGCCUGAUGCCUUCCGACAAGGUAUCAAAGCAAAGGCUAUCUCUAGGGAUGAAAAGCGACGACGGGAGGCUAAGGAGAAUGGCAUCAUUCUUGAGAAGCCCUCCAAGGUCACCAAGUCAGAUAACAAGCGAAGAGAGCGUGGCAUUGGAGGAUCCUCCAUUGGUAAAUUCUCUGGAGGUACAUUGAAUCUGAGCAAGGAAGAUUUGCAUUCUAUGCAAAGUUCUCGGGGCCGCAGUAGCCGCGGUGGUCGCGGUGGGCGUGGUGGACGUGGUGGACGGGGUGGACCAGGUGGACGAGGCGGACGUGGCGGAAAGCCCGGCAGGGGUCGCUUCUGA